CUCCAAGCUCCUGCUCAGGGCCUGCAAGUGGACGUAUUUGUGGGUCCAAAGAGGGCGCAGCGGUACGCCCGACCGACCCGCCGAGAGUUUCUGAUGGCCUCUGCGAACGCCUGGGAACCCGAGUGAGACCGCGCUUCCAUCCAAUUGACGCCCAGCAUGCACCCACGGCGGAGGAGGGGAAGUUCCCCCAGCGCCACCAUCGCUGCGCCCACACGCGCACACCUCCCGCCCUCGCCCGUUGACCCUGACCGUGGGCGACGAAGCGCCACCGUUACCUGGUACUGCCUGUGCGUAUAUCCUCCGAUUUGUUGUUUUGCGUCCUACGGGUUUCGGCCCGCGACCGCUCUUGUUCUCCUCGCCGGGGACUUCGGACAGUCACAGCUGGAGGACGAAUGAAUGGUCGAGGACGAGCAUCUGGUCAGCGGUAUGACGUGCCUCCCCCCUCUUGAUAUCACAUGUUGUGUUGGCGAGCCCGUCGUCGGCACAUGCGGCUCUCGUCGAUCUCCCACGGCAAGGCUGAUACUAGAUACGGCGCGGGCGAAUGCGCGGCGGUCUUUCAGGCGAUGCUGGGAGCUGGGGAUCAACGCCGAAGAGCCCGAGAUCACCACAGGGACAUGACGACCGUUGAGAACCGUCUGUUUGGUACGCUAGGUCAUCAAACGCGAUUAUUCGAGCGUGACGAGACCCACGUCGUCUUUUGCGACACACUAGACUCGCCAGCCAGUUGUUCCCGCUCGCGGCUGCGGUCCGUGAGCGGUUCGGCUCGGUUGGGGGGAAUUGGCAAAGGGAGGGGGAUAUUUGAAAACGGACCGCGAGCUCGCGAGCGGACUGGGCAACUCCGUAGAGGGGACGCAAUCCUGGGGUCCGGACCCCAGGACGACUCUGAAAGUUGAGAGUGGCGCGCGCGCCCGGCGCCUCAGUGGCGCGCCCGAAGCGCGCCUUUCGCCUUCGUGGGUACUUAGUAUGACAUAGACAUGUACUAGGUCGGUCAGAGAGGCGUGAAUGCGAGAUUGCAAGCAAGUAAACAUGACGAGCGCGGCCUAGAAGACAUUCUCCUCGUCCUCGCCAUCCUCCGUGUCCUCACCACCCCCCAUACCCUCUGCAUCCUCGCCGGAGUCG